UGUCGGAGAUAUCCAGCAAGCUCCUAGAGCAGGCAUCAUGGUUCACUUCACCUCUGAGGAGAAAGCUAUGGUCACCAAAGUUUGGGGACUUGUGAAUGUGGAAGACGUUGGUGGAGAAGCCUUGGGAAGGCUCCUGGUUGUCUAUCCAUGGACCCAGAGGUUCUUCGAGAGCUUUGGAAACAUGUCCUCACCCUCUGCCAUCAUGAACAACCCCAAGGUCAAGGCUCAUGGCAAGAAGGUGCUGACUUCCCUAGCCGACGCCACUCAGAACAUGGAUGAUCUCAAGGGCACCUUUGCUAACCUGAGUGAGCUGCAUUGUGACAAGCUCCAUGUGGAUCCCGAAAACUUCAAGCUCCUGGGAAAUGUGCUAGUGGUUGUUCUGUCAAGAACUAUGGGCAAGGACUUUACCCCUGAGAUGCAGGCUGCCUUUCAGAAGCUGGUGUCUGGAGUUGCCAAUGCCCUGGGCUCCAAGUAUCACUGA